CCUCAUCCGUGUUUGCAGGCACAGGCACGACACAGGAAUGAUUUCGGGACAUCUGUAUAUUUGUUCGAAACAAGUUGUGUAGUUGGAAGGAGUCCAAAAACAACGAUGAUGUCCGCCACCGUGAACAAAGCUGCUGCACCCAACAAGCUCGAGCACGAGGCCUUGGAGGACCACCGACCUGCGGCCAAAGUACUACUAAUUUCAUCCCCGCAACAAGAGAAAUAUCACGAAGUCGAAGUCCGCCGUUCUCUUUGGGAAAGCAGUCUCGUGAAAGACGCCGGCGCGGCUUCGUCUGAGGUGAAAACCCAGUUCCGCCGGCCAGGCCACGAGGACUUCGUGAUCCGGCAACUGCGAAGUGGCAGAACCGGAAUUCGGGUGUGGCCGUCAGCAAUACAGCUCCUGAACCACAGCGAGGAGUUGUUGCACGUUCAUCUUCCUUCGAGGACAUCUUCCGACGCUGACGCAACAUUCGGCCAGAAUUUGAAAGAUCAUCACCGAGGAAUAAAGCGCGUCGCCCUGGAGCUCGGUUCUGGAGUCGGUGUUGUUGCCGUCGGCCUCAGUCGCCAGAGCUGGAACGUCAUCGCGACAGACCACGAUUCCGCGACACUGAAGAAUCUCCGGUACAACAUUCAGACGAACCGCUGCCGUGGCGGCGCGAACGCAGUGGAGGUCCGGAAACUCGACUGGUGGGCGAUCGAAAAGGCGAGAAGUGCAGUGCUACAACUUUCUUCAGGCUCUCCUGAUUGCGUACCCAAUUGUAGUGCUGAGGCGGAUCAUGCAGGAAGUACGCCGGAUGGGGCAGUCGCAGUCUCAGUCACUGUGAAAUCCAGUUCCAGUCUCGGCGCAGCAGAAAAAUCUUUUCCGCAACAGCAAAAGGACCACGACGGCAAAGCUAUUGCGCAUCUCGAGGACGAUUUUCUGGUUGCGAAUUGGCUCCGCGACGACUUGUCGGAGUGUUCUUCGGAGGACACUGCUGAAAACACGACAGAGAAAUCAUCUCCCACGAAUGACGCGCGCUCAACAGUAGAACGGACAAUCAGCGCGAGAAGUUUGCUGACGACCUGUGCGUCUCUGUCGAGCAUCGACGACUCCGCGUUGAAUACAAUCAGAAAUGCCGACUUCAGUGUCGGUGGUCCGUCACCCUCUACAAAAACCACAUCCAUGGCAAUUAUUAAACCACUGCUGGUGGAUCAUCCGGAAAUAAACGACAAGACCCUACAGGACCUCGAAAAACUCGCGAACGAGGUCGAUUGCGUUGUGGGGUCAGAUUUGCUCUACGAGGACACUUGCAAACCGCUACGAGCGGUGAUCCACAGCCUGCUGGAUUUCAAGGAGAAUUUGUCCAUGUUUUUCGUUUUCCAGGAACGAACGGAGGGCCGGGUUUUGGAAUUUGCGGAAAGCUUGAAACGAUGGACAAGUACAAGAACGCGGGAGAAGAGCCUGUGUGAUGUGGAGGUCGAGCCUGCAGCCGGGAUUGUCCUGGAGGAGAAAGAAGUGGAGGUUUUGUGCGGACCGAUAACGGAGGGCAGUGACUGCUGGAAGAUUCUUGUGAACCCUAAAAUGUGAUAGUUUUUCUUCUGAUGAAAAUCAUGGAGGCAGCUACUCAAAAAAGAAAAAGCCUGACGAGCUGCUUUUUUUGUGACGAGCGAAGAUGAACCUGCUUCUCGAGUUUGUGAUUGUGUAGAAUUCUAUAGCUGUGUACAGUUUGCAUCUGUUGAUGAAAAUGUUUAGCACAUAUUUGAUACCAGCUGGUCGUGUUUCGAGUUGUUGAAUAUUGCUAUGUUUCUGUCAAUUUUUACGAAUUGCUAUACACACAUAGUUUCUUCCAGCUACUUACUAAGUUUCAGUUUGCAUGAUAAAAAGCGAAAACACUUUGAAACCGAGAUGGCAAACGAAUUUGGUUGUGCUGUUUCAGGAAAAAAAUACGGAAUACAACAAGGAGCGAAAGAUUGACUCUUCUUGCUCUUGGGGGUACGUACGAUUGAUUUCAGCGACUACUAGAAAAAUGCGACAAAUAAAAAAAGCGAAACCGCAACCACCUAUACUGUGUUUUAAUCAAAAGUGAAAAAGUUCUCAUUUGGUGAGGAUGACGUGAAUCCGAA